UCAUGUGUCCUCGAGCGCUGAGGGAGGGACAGAGCGGAGCUAACUGUCAGAGGGGUAGAGAGAGAGAGAGAGAGAGAGAGAGAGAGAGAGAGAGAGAGAGAGAGAGAGAGAACAAGCGAAUGAGAAAGAAGGCUUGCAACGUUGCCUCGCGCUGUAAUACUGGAUUGUACUUCAGCUCGAGCGGCUUGGCAGGUUUAAACACAUCAAAACAGAACAAAGACGCGGACUCUGCUGCACCAUAAAAGAAUCCGCAAACGGAGAGAAAAAGGCGCCCGGAUCAAGAGAAAAACACUGCGUCCAAAUUACAAAAGAAUUCGGGAAGAGUCACGCUUACAUUUUCCCACUCGGCGACCGUGCGUUCAUUUGGACCGUAUUUCUGAGGACAAAUAUCAACGUGCUGCACCAACAGAAGUUUGAGGGGGAAAGUUUUGCAGCGGUUUUUAAAAAAUAAUUUAUUUGUUUUUAAAGAAUUAGCAAAAGCAUCAUAAGCGCGAAGGACUGUGUGUGAAAUUUACAUAAAAAUAGGAAUUAUCGUUUAUAUUCAUUUCUAUGUCUGAAACAUAUGAAUAUUCAAAUUGCACAAUAUAGCCUACGGAUUUUGUAGUCUCUUCUUGUCCACAGUAUAUUUCUCCUGGCUUUUCCUGAUGCACUUCGAUGGUGUUCGCCAAAACACAGUUCAGACUUUUAAAGUUUGAAUAAUUCAUGAGAUACAGUUUGCCUGCAAUAAAAAAAAAAGUUUGUGCAAAAGGGAGGGGGUAAUCAACAGACGGAAUGGCAACGGCGACGUCCAACCCGUAUCUACCAAGCAGUAGUAUAUUAUCGUCCGGCUCGAUCGUGCACUCGGACGCCGGAGGCGGUGUCAUGCAGCCGGGCAGCGCUGCGGUAACCUCGGUGUCCGGUGGGUAUCGGGGCGACCCGACAGUUAAAAUGGUCCAAAGUGAUUUCAUGCAGGGCGCGAUGGCAGCGACCAACGGGGGACAUAUGCUUAGCCACGCGCACCAGUGGGUGACGUCCUUGCCUCACGCGGCCGCCGCCGCAGCGGCCGCCGCGGUAGCUGCCGCCGAAGCCGGAGCGCCCUGGUCGUCCAGUCCGGUCGGUAUGACGAGCAGCCCUCAGCAGCAGGACGUGAAAAGCAGCUCGAGAGACGAUCUGCACGCGGGGACGGCGCUGCACCACAGGCCCCCACAUUUAGGUCCCCACCAGAGUCACGCGGGGACCUGGGGGAGCACAGCCGCUGCGCAUAUCUCCCUAACGGGGAGCCAACAGCAGCAGCAGUCGCUCAUCUACCCGCAGCCAGGAGGCUUCACGGUCAACGGCAUGCUCACCCCAGGCGGCGGCCAAAGCCUGGUGCACCCGGGACUCGUGCGAGGCGACACCCCGGAGCUCGAGCACGGCAACCACCACCGCCACCAUCAUCCCCAGCACCAGCAUCACCAGCACCAGCAUCACGGCGUGAACAGCCACGAGCCGCACUCCGACGAGGACACGCCGACCUCAGAUGACCUGGAGCAUUUCGCCAAGCAGUUCAAGCAACGCCGGAUCAAGCUGGGAUUUACGCAGGCUGACGUGGGCUUGGCCCUGGGCACGCUCUACGGGAACGUUUUCUCGCAGACCACGAUCUGUCGGUUCGAGGCUCUCCAGCUCAGCUUUAAGAACAUGUGCAAGCUGAAGCCAUUGCUAAACAAAUGGCUCGAGGAAGCAGAUUCCUCCACGGGUAGCCCGACGAGUAUCGACAAGAUCGCAGCGCAGGGCAGGAAGCGAAAGAAGCGCACGUCCAUCGAAGUGAGCGUCAAGGGUGCGUUGGAGAGCCACUUUUUAAAAUGUCCCAAGCCUUCGGCCCAAGAGAUAAGCACCCUGGCCGACAACCUGCAGCUAGAGAAAGAGGUGGUGAGAGUGUGGUUUUGCAAUCGAAGACAGAAAGAGAAACGGAUGACGCCUCCGGGAGUGCCGCAGACGCCAGAGGAUGUGUACUCUCAGGUCGGCAACGGACAUUUUUUAGUAGAUUACUUAAAAGAUGCAAGUUUAAGUGGGCCGAGCGAGCCGGGCGACCAGAGGUUGACAGCCACAAGUUCGUUCCAUCAGGUAAUUUUGGCGCAUUAACUUCAACUGGAAAACCAAACCGGGCCCUAGAAAUGACGAGGCACAUGUCUGCCCCCAAACCCCUGCACACGUCUUGUGUUCGAGAGGCAACCGAAGUAGGCAAUUGUAUGUGAGCUGGGACGUUAUAUCCCCCACACCCCCACACCCCCAAAAAGGGGGGAAAUUCAACCACGCGGAGAGCAGUGACAUCCACGAGGCUUCCAAGCUAUUUUGCAGAGAAGACUGCAAGGUUUAAUUUUCCACAAACACAGACGGAAUGGGAUUUUUUUUUUCCUUGCCUUCGGGCCCCCGCUGAAAACUGCCCUCGCGUUCUGAUCUAUAAGAUCACAUCUUUUGAAGCAGUUUUUAUUGUAAAGAACUGAACUGAACGGAUUUUUUUUUUUUUUGAAGAAAAUAAAAUCAAAGACAGACAUUUGAAAAAAAGACUGACAAUUUCUCAGCUGCACUUAACCGAAAUCCUCCGCGAGCAUUCGUUGCCAGGAAGGCCCGAGCAGGAGUUGCGGAUGCUCCACGUGCUGCCAUUUCCCAGCAGUAUUCUUUGGUAGGUUUUAAUAAACAAGACUACGCAAAGCCGGCAAUAUAUAGAUUCAUUAGAUCAGAUACUGAUCGGAAUUAUUUACGUUAUAUUUUUCAUUAAAAUGCUUUGUUUUAAUAUUUUAUUCGGGAUACAUAUGAACUAUUCCAAACAGUAAUUUAUUUUCCCCAGACGUGUGUAAAAUGUUCUGUUCCCUGUUUUUGUUGUUGAACUUUUUUGUUUUGUUUCAUUUUUGUAUUAUCUUUUAUGAAGGAGCACAAAUCAAUAUGACUUUGGCAGUAGGUAACAAGGGUAUUUUGAUGUGAUGAUUUGAUUGUAAUUUAAUUUCAGUAGUGAUUCCGUAAGAGAUGAAUGAGAAUAAUAAAUUUGCUAGAAUGAAAAAGAU